CCUUUAAACAUGGCGAGCGGUCUUAUGAGUAGGUUAUCUCGUGCUUUUAAAACAUUUGAGCAAGCAAUUGAUAUUAUUCUUGGUCGAGGUUUCCCACCAGGAGGAUUGUGUGCAAUCGAUUGUAACCAUGUGAUGAAUCAAGUACAGCCUAGUAAUGGUUCUAAACGAUCUUUAAAAGAUAUUUUGAACGAUGGAUUUUUAUGGGCUGUACCUAAAUGCCGUCGAUCUGUUGAAAAACGACUUAACAGAAAAUUCGGUUUUCCUGAAUAUAAUUGGAAGCCGCAUGUUCCCAAAACUAAUAUUUUAAUGUGCAGAAAAUGUGGUCAUGAUUACGAGGCUGGCACUCUUUGCGGAUAUUGCUAUGAAAUAGUAAAAAAGGAAACACUGGAAAUUCAAGAAGUUAUAAAAAAUCAAUUGGGAUUACAACCAGUAGAGGAAAACAUUGUUGUAUUAUAUGAAGGAGAAAAAAAACAUAUGUCAGACGAGUUUUGGAAGAAACAAAGAAUCGUUGAAUUACCUAAGAAAAGACCUGAAUGGUUUAAUCAGAAUUUACUACAAUCUACAGCAAAAGAACCAUCUGACUCAGAAGAUGUAAAAACUAAAGAUUUGCCUUAAAUAAAAAAUCGAGAAGGUUUUACAUUGGCAAGGUAACUUCACAAUAUUGUACUUCUCUGUUUUCAUAAACAAUCGUAUUCACUAUUUGUA